UACACACUAACGCACAUCCACUGUCAUCCAUACACACUCACACACGCACGCAUACACGUUCACACAGCGCCGGACGCAUUCGCGAGAACUCCGCGUCCAGCUCCUGUGCGCACAGGAGGACCUGUUGGAUUGUACAGAGCGCAUACAGCUUUUCUUUCAGUUUUGCUGUGGUGCGAAGUUGUCAAACUACUUUUUCACAAAUUUCCCCAGACUCUCUCUGAGGUGAAAAGUUUUUUUUUUUUGUUGGUUUCGGUGGAUCUUCCUCAAUUCAGCAGCCUCCGAUCUUUUGAGAGAAUAAACUGGUUAAUUGCAAAUCAAGUCCUCGAACCGCGCACUCGGAAUCAAAUCAGCAUUUGACGCCUGCAAAAAUGAAUAAUUCCGUGAAAUAACUCGCUCCUGCGGACAAAAGGAUUUCAAGUGAUAAUCACAGUGCAGCAUCUCUUCUCGUGGAGCGAAGAUGUAUCUGCGUGUGUGUGCGCCUGCAGCACUGUUGGCUCUGCUGGUGCUGACUCUUGUGCUUCCCGGUGGCCUGGGCUGUCCCAGAAGCUGUAACUGCUACCAGGCCAACGAGGUCCACUGUACCUUCCGCUCCCUGCUCACUAUACCACCUGGACUACCAUCACACACACGACGCAUAAACUUAGGGUUUAACAGCAUCAGCAGGAUCCCUGACAGCUCACUGGCCGGACUUGAUAGAGCGGAACUACUCAUGCUGCACAGCAACGAUCUGCACCAUCUCCCAGAUGCAGCAUUCAAAGAUAUGAAAUCGCUUCAGAUACUCAAGCUGAGCUAUAACAAGCUGAGCGAGAUCUCUUCAUCCCUGACCUUCUCUGGUCUGACCUCACUGCUGCGUCUCUACUUGGAUCAUAACCUCCUCCAACACGUCCAUCCACGAGCCCUUCUCCAGCUGCCCAGCCUCAAACUGCUACGUCUGCAAGGGAACAGGCUGCAUCAGCUGCACCCUCACACUCUGUGCACGCUGUCCCUCCUGAACACAUAUUACUUCUCGACACUCAGACACUUAGACCUGUCCAACAACAGUCUGACCACGCUGCCCACAGACACCCUGGCGACAGCACCACUGCUCGAGACUCUCGGGCUGCAGGCUAACCCAUGGAGUUGCGACUGUAGGAUGAACUGGUUUCCCUCUUGGAGUCUGGCUCACCCAGGCUUAAUGAAAUGUCCCGGUGGCCCUCAGUGCCCAACCUGCGUGUCACCCAAUUCCCUUCAAGGGCGGGGCCUACUUGAUCAGAUUGAUCUACCGUGCACGUCACCUGUCAUCGCUUUCCCAGGGAGAAACCCACCUUUGGAGACAGAACUCAGUGAAAUCCAUUCAAGUGAAUCCUUCAGAGAGCCUUUAGGCAGUGCCUCGGUGGGUCUGUCCGACCAACAAGGCAACAGUGUUGAUCUGAGCUGCAACGUCACCCACUCCUCCAACUCUCAGGAUAUUGCUCCUCCCCCAGAUCUCUCCCUUUCCUCCUCCUCUCCAAUCCCUCUUGCUCUGUCACUCUCCCUGGAAUGCCAUGUGGAGAGAGAGAGCUAUGAACAACUUUGGAGGAUCCUGGCUUACUACAGCGAGACUGCGGUUCGCCUUGAGAGGGAAAUCAUGCUGAGCAAAACCCCGACGUUGGCCUACCGCUACAGGCAGACGGCAGAGACAGAUGGAUAUUAUCACACUGGAGUAAAAGCUUCUGUUAAGGUCAGACCACAGUGGUUACUGCAACCAGCUAUUAGCAUCCAGCUAAACAGAGCACAGUCUAAUGCCCACAAAAUUCACCUUAUAUACUCAACAAGAGUUUCUGCUCAUCCUGGCCCUACAUCUUUUGCCUCAACAUCCUCUCCUGCUCCUCACCCAUGGGUUCUGAUUUCAAUGAAUCAAACCACCACAGCAAUGGCAGCCAUAUCGGGCAGUAAGGUGGAUCUCUCCUGCCCUCUUCUAAGUUCUGGUAACCCCAAAAUACAGUGGAUUCUCCCAGAUGGAUCCACACUCUUAUCCCCCUCUAGCAGCCUGGAUGGUAGGCUGCAGGCCUCAGCCUCGGGUUUACGUCUACAAAAAGUGCAGCUCUCAGAUGCUGGACUUUAUUACUGUGUAGUCCAGGCUGGCAUGGAUGGAGAUGCUCUCCCUGUGCGCCUGGCAGUGGAGGAGUCCUCUGUCCCACCUUCUGGAGAGCAAGUGGGACCGCCUGUGACUGGACCAGUUGGGGAGCCUGUCAGUCUCUCCUGCAAUGCGUCGGGUUCACCAGCACCUUAUUUGAGUUGGGUGUUGCCAGAUGGAAAUAUACUAUGGUCUGGAUUAGCUGUAUCAGGUGGACUCACUGUACAACCAAAUGGGAGUCUCUCUUUGUCCAAGCUUUCUCUGAGGGAUGUUGGUCAUUACCGUUGCAUUGCAGUCAACCAUUAUGGUAGUGACUCUUUGUCCAUGCAGUUGGAAGUAAAACCACAACACCCUCCUCUGUUCAGAACUUCAUUUCCCAGAGGGCCACAGUCAGCUGCUGGCCGGUCAACCAAGAUACGAGCACCUUUAUUACGUCAGAUGGAGGAAGGAUCAGGGGAUGAAGAGGAAGAAGAAGAGAAAACUCUUAGGAAGCGUCCAAGACCUAACCAGCCGCUCCCGAACAGACGGUAUCCAUUUGGAAAAGCAAGAAGACCUGGGCCUGUUAGAGAAGGAACCCUGAGAAGAGGAGGAGGGGCUGUAUCCUCCACUGACCAGAGAAGAAACCGCUUUGAAAACAGACACAGAGUCACCACAAACAAACAAAGAAUAGACCCUCAGAAAUGGGCAGACAUUCUGGCUAAAAUACGUCAAAAGACAACUCACACUAUUAACAAUCAAACAGUUACAGUAGAGCCCUCAGCUGAACCGAUGGGAAGAGGCAAAGACAGAGAUACAGCAAGAGAUGAUGGAGUGGUUGAUACAGAGAGAGUUAGAGUUAAGGGAGCAGGGGUGGAAGCAGAAACUGAGGGGUCAUCUGUUGAUGACACUGUUUUACAAGAGGAAGGCCUACAAGCGUUUCACCCUGUUCUCACAGAAAUGCAGACACACACAGAGACACCAAUAGAUACAGAGAUAGGGAGAGGGAGCUCAACAGAAACACAGACGGACAUAGAGACCAGGACACAUAUGCAGACUCCAAACCCAGGUCCACAGACAGAGACAGUGACAAACUCAGAUGAACAGAAAGAGCCAGUUACAUCUAAACCAAUCUCUGGAAGUAAUGAAAUUGGGCCAGCACCAGAUGAUGGAGAUAACAGAGGAGCAAACCCCAACCCAGCUAGAACCAGAGCUCAGAACCCACGGCAGAGACUCUUACCAAAUUUGGUUCCAAAUUCUCGACCUCAAAGCCCUUGGAAUUCUCGCAGGAGGCUCGGACAGCAAAGACGAAUCAUCAACAGGCCCAGGGUGCAACCUUUGACCCCACCCCGACUUCUCCCUGACCUUACACACCAGAGGUCACAAACAGGAACACCUAAUACUACCACUGAUCAAAGUAAUAUAUCCCUGCUGGCCUCAACAACCACACAUCCAUCUACUUUAUUGACAAGGAAUGACCAUAUUAGGACCACUUCAAAUGGUGUGGCACUUAAUCCUCUGUCUCCCGCUGUUUCUUACACUCUGGGUAUCUCAACCUCCCGCUCAUUAACUCCCUCUGCCACCCCCUUCACCUCAUUAUCCCCCUCUCACACAAACCCACAUAUAGACACGAUGAGUCAUUCAGCCGACAUCCCAGACACUGCAGAGUCCACUCUUUUCAACACAGGGACACCAGCACCCACUCACUCUGAUGUUGUGAUCUCAGAGACACAUGUGCCAGACACACAGGCCGGGACACUUACACAUGGCGUACAGACACACACAAAAACCCACACAGCCUUAGGUAAACAUGUUGAUCGACCCUCGAGCAAACACAGUGAAGAGCAGGAGAGGAAUUUGUCGGGUGUGCCAUAUGUAUCUCAUUCCACCACUGUCUCCUCCACUCACUCAUCCGCUGUUUCCUCCACAGUCUCUAGUGCAGCUACAGCUACUCCUGCAACAACUAUGACUCUUCCAACCCCUCUCAAGAGUGAAGAAAGACUUUCUAAUCCUCCGACAACUACUUUCCCAAUCCUGUCCACCACAACUACCAUUAUUAUUCCAACAUCAAGCACUACCAGAAGUACUACAACCAGUCUUACCUCUACAACUACCACAACUGCUCUUACAUCAACUACUCCCACUACCACAGCUAUUUCUUCAACUAGGCCUUCUACUACUACAACAACAACAACUACUGCAACAAGCACUAAAACCUCAUUCAAAGCUGUUCCCACAACACCAAACCACAGUACGACAACUACUGUUACAACUUCUACUCCUACUACUAGGAGUACUACAAUGACCACCUCGGCCAAAACCUCUCCAACCACUACUGCGGCACCUACUUCUAUUACAUCUACUACUACUACUACCACCACAACAAUGACAUCAACAAGUACCAGAGCAUUAAUCAAAGAGAGGCCAAGCGUUGGUCGAGUUGACACCCUAGGGAGGCCUGUUUCUGGGGCUUCAAACCAGAGUCGAUCACCUCCUGACUGGAAGAACCCCGGGGCUAAUUCUAUCCCUGACUCACACAGCAGCAGGCCACGCUGGUCCCCCUCGCUCCCUGUUGUCCCUGGGGCCCCAGUCGUGAGAUCUAGACCAAGAAUUGCAGACCCACACAUCAGGACAGUGUCAUUCCCAGCAGAGAGCAUUGCCAGGCUGGCUUGUGAGGCUCAAGGGGAGCCAAAACCUUCCAUCACAUGGACCAAGGUUGCCACAGGGGCGGUGAUGUCAAUCCACUCCAAGGCUGAGCGUUUUGAGGUCCUGCCAAAUGGCACCCUUGUUAUCCAUAAUGUGCAGCUGCAGGACAGGGGAACAUACAUCUGCAGUGCAAACAGCUUCCUGGGUCGAGACAGGUUGCUAACCACCCUGGAAGUAUGGACCCGCCCCCCUCGUAUGCAGCUGGCGAGUUACAGAGAAGCCACCAUUCAUCAGGGUGGAGAUGUGCUCUUGGAGUGCCAGGCAGAUGGUGUUCCCGCCCCUCUGCUGUCUUGGGUUCUGCCUGAUCGUUCUGUCCUGACGUCGGCGGCCCCCUCCGCCAGUCGCAUAUUUAUGGACACAAAUGGAACCCUCCAUAUUCCUGCAACUUUACCAAGUGACAGAGGAGUGUAUCGCUGUGUGGCCUCAAACACAGCAGGUGCUGCCAGUUCCUCUGUGCGUGUACACGUGUCCUCGCUGCCCCCAGUGAUACAGCAACCCAGAGAGGAACACCUGCACUUGUCUCCAGGGAGGCCUGUUUAUGCUCACUGCUCUGCCCGAGGUGCCCCACCACCAGCUCUGCGCUGGCGAAUACCAGAUGGGACUCUGGUUCGCCCAUCUCAGUUUCUCCAUGGGAACCUCUUUGUCUUGCCCAAUGGGACCCUGCAUAUUCGAAGUGUUGGACCAAAGGACUCUGGGAAUUACGAGUGCACAGCAAGUAAUGCUGUUGGAGCCGAUAAGAGAACAGUGAGGGUUAAAGUCGAAGGGGGAGCAGAAGGCAGAAAAAGUGAAGCAGGUGCAGGAAAAGAAGACACAAAAGCAGUUGCUGUUGAAAAACUAUCUCCUUCAUAUUCAGUCAACAAAGACAGAACUUUGUUUUUCCCUGGCAACCCCACAAAUACAUUCAACUCCCCUAAACUUCCCCCUCCAUUGCACGCUGAUAGAUCCAGGACCAGGUCUUCUCACCCUCACCAACCCGAAUCCACUAUCUCGCCUCCUAAAAUCAAUAAAACAGUCACCACUUCCCACACACACUUCACUGACAUCAGCAAAACUAAACUUCCCUCUCCCUCCCAACCCUCCACAGUGCCUGCACAAAACACAAAAAUCUUGCAGAGUAUUGUUAACAAGACAAGAGUUAGUUUUUCUUCCUCCUCUGACAAAAGCAGAACUUUAGCUGUUCUGCAUACCUUGCCUGUCUCCCCCUUCAGCAACGCCCGUAUUGUCUCCACAUCACCCUCCAUUAGUACUGUCCACUACGGGGGGAUUUUGCAGCUCCACUGUUCUGUAACUGGCAACCCACCCCCCAUUAUCAUUUGGAGGACCCCCAACAGGAAACUGGUGGACAUGCACUUCAGCUACGACCGUCGUCUGAAGGUGCAUCCUAAUGGCACCCUGUCAGCCCAGGCUGUAACUGAGAAGGACGCUGGAGACUACCUCUGUAUCGCACGCAACAAGGUUGCAGAUGAUUAUCGGCUCCUGCGCGUCACUGUGGCUACCAAGCCUGCCAAGAUCGAGUCAAAACAUCCACUCAAUCAGAUGGUGUCGCUGGGCAAGCCGCUGAAGGUGGAUUGUCAGGCAUCUGGGCUGCCUGACCCAGCUGUUCAUUGGAGUCUACCAGAUGGCACCAUGGUGAAUAGUGUGUUGCAGGGAGAGGACAGGGGAGGACGAGCACGGAGGCUCACUGUUUUUGACAAUGGGACGCUACUGGUUCCGGCAGUGGGCAUGGGGGAGGAAGGGGAGUACACGUGCUAUGCUGAAAACGAAGGAGGUCAAGACAUGAUGAAGGUCAAAGUGAAGGUCAUGAUGACACCUCCACCGACCUUCACAGAAGAGAGAAGCUAUCACGUCAUCAAAGUACGUCUGGGGGCAACUGCCACAAUUCGCUGCCAGGCCUCAGGGGGUCCUGCCUCAACGGUGACAUGGUUCUCCCCAGCGGGCCGUGUCAUUCCACGAAGUUUGGGUUCCGGCCACUACUCCGAGAGGGUUGUGGUGGUCUCAGAUGGAACUCUGGAGGUGCGUCUGGCCCAAAAGAUUGACACGGGAAACUAUACAUGCCGAGCAAGCAACUUGGCUGGGGAGAGGAGCACAACGGUGGGCCUGGAGGUGGAGGCUUUUUACCCUGUGACGAGUGGCCAGGUGGCAGGAAGAAGUGCUAACAAUGUGCCCAGUAGUAGUAGACCAGGCGUUAAUAUUGAUAACGCAAGAGUAAUCCAGUAUGGAAAUAACAAUAGAGCCUUGAGCAGGCUGGGUAGUAAUAAUGGCUACAGUGAUAAAAAUGGGAAUAAAAGCAACACAGAACCAAACACUGGCAUUAACACAGCAGCCAGUAACUCUAAUCCUGCCCCCAGGAGUGACAAUGUCAAUGUCGGGGUGAGCAGGGCAAGGAAUGUAGGAGUUACAGCGGAUAACAUUGGAAUGGGUAGAUAUAGACCUGGCAUUGUUAGCAGUGUUAGUAAUAGUGAGAGUAACAGUCACGGCACAGUUAGAGGAGAAAGUGUACAAAGGAAUCCAGGGAGUAUUUAUAAUGAAGUCGUUGCAGGGAGGGCUGGUGCUGAUGAUAACACAAGCAGAGAUAAUGGCAGGAUAAGUGGCAUUUCUAGAAAUGUUGCUUUAAGCAGCAGUGCAACUAAUAGUGGAGCUGGUACUGGCACACUCAGAGGAAAUUGGUUCGGUCGGAGUAGCAAUAUAGACGUUACCAAUGAUGACAGCAGGAAUAGUGGUGCUAUAGCUGCUAGUAAUACAGGCGCUAAAUACUCUACUAACACAGUUGUGGGUGUGGUAACGACAGUGAAGCAGCGAGCUGUGAAAGGCCGGAAUGUUCUUUUGCCAUGCCCCUCCCAAGGCUCCCCUCCCCCUCGCCUGGCCUGGCUUCUGCCUGGUAACGGCGUCUUGCCGGCUCCUUACUAUGGCAGUCGACUCACUGUGCACAGAAACGGCUCAUUGGAGCUGCGGGGUGUGCGGGCAACUGAUGCUGGGACCUUGGUUUGUGUUGUGAGAGGUGAGAGAGGAGAGACAAGAAUACAGGUGGAGCUGGAGGUCUCUGAGCCACAGGAGGAGGCCAGGUCUCCACACAGAGGAUCAGCUGUGGAAAGACCCAUGCAGAAAACUGACGGUUUAAUCGAGGCACCUAAAUCAGGAGCAUCGUUGGCUUCAGCCAAGUCUUUAAGCUCAGCGUUGCCUGAGAAGAUUCAUCCAAGAAACCCGGUUACUCAAAUGCCUCUGCGGAGGGGCCUGAGUUCACCUGCUGCACCUCGUCCCCUUGGCCCUCCACCCCGCUCACCUGGCCCUGUCCCAGAGCAGACAGUGAGCACCAGAACAGCCUCCUUGGUGACCAUCAUUAAUGGAGAAAACCUUCGCCUGCCAUGCCCUCAAACCCCAGGAUAUACCCAGGGAGCCCUCUCAUGGACCAUGCCCAGCGGCAAGGUGCUGUCCCGGGGUGAGAGUGGUGACUCGGGCCAUUACCUAGUCCAAGAGGAUGGAACACUCACAGUGCAACAGGCCUCCGUGUUCGACCGAGGCACCUACACCUGCAGGUCCACCAGUAACGACUCCUCCACAGUUUCACUCAUCACGGUUCCUGUCAUCGUCAUCGCCUACCCCCCACGAAUCACAGCAGGCCCCUCACCUGUAACUUACACGCGGCCGGGGGUUGCUGUGGAGCUGCCGUGCCAGACCAUAGCAACACCGCGCGCAACAGUGACCUGGGAAACGCCAGACCUGACACAGCUGAGGGUGAUGGGCCAGGCUCGUAUCUAUGGCAACCGCUACCUUAGUCCUCAGGGUUCGUUGGUGAUACAGAACCCGACAAGUCGGGAUACAGGGUUUUACAGAUGCACCGCGAAAAAUGUAAUAGGAGUGGACACCAAGGCGACCUAUCUACAUGUUAUAUAAUGGAGUGAUGCAAACACACAACACAUGAGUAAUAGAAAGACAGAGACCCACCAGUCUUCUGUAAUGGUGAAUGGACUCUACUGCUGUCAACACUAUGUGUCCCUCAUGCCCAAAAGGAACUGCAAGGCUCUGUGCAGGAGAUACUGUUCAAUCUCAGAGAAGACACUACUAAUAUAAAGUACAUGUCUCAUGUUAUUGUAUUUCUUAAGGUAUAAUUUUCCAUUACAGUACUGUUUUUAUGUCAGGAGUUCUCAGAGCCACACGUUUGCCUCUACAGGAACAGAGUAUGUUGCAAAAGGAUUGUUUUAUUUAGCUUGUGGUACAUAACUUCUUGUCUGUCCAUCAUCUAACUGGGCUGUUUUCCUGACUUGUGUUAAAAGAAUGUGGACAAAAUCAGUAUCUGAACAAUCCAAGAACAUUGCGUUUACGUCUUGUGUACAAACUACUAACGUUUUCAUCAUGUCAAAAACCCUGCAGCUUUAAGUGUUUGUCAGGGAUUAUGGGAUCAUUCUUACAUUUUGCAGAGUCUCAUACAAAUACAAUAUACAAUACCACAUAAAUGCAAUACAAAUCCCCCAUAGCAAACAUUUUUUUCUUGGCUUUAUUGCUUUACUAUGUGUAAUAACAUUAAACUAAAGGGUACAGCAUAUCAUUGAGUCACUGAAUGAUAUGGACACCACUCGUCAUCACACAGAAGCUUUUUUUAUACAUAAUGUAACAUAAUAUAAUCUUUCAUUUUGUUUCAUAUUUAUAAACUUGCUUGUAAAAUGUUGCACAUUGGAAUUUGAAUAUACAUAAUACACCUUAAAACUAUUUAAAUAUGUUUUUGCAUACUCUAUGUAGCAAACAUUAAUUUAAACAGGCCACAUUAUUUGCCUUCACAUUAGAUCUUUGACAGGCAUGAUGACAGGGGACGUCAGCGUUACGAUCCAGCCAAACACCAGCUCCUUAUUUGUGGGUUUCGAACCGUGGCAUCAACUAAAUCUCACAUUCCGGCAGUAUUACUGGGGUAGAACAAGAUGUGGUACAAAGCAUUCAUGUUAACACAUUAGCCAAACCAUUGGAAGAGUGAUCGUCAUGAUUUGUUUUGACAUAACGAUUGUAUAAAUAUGCGUGUGGUCCAAGAGUUCUGCCCUAAGUAUGUGCACAAUUCAAGUAGCUUAUAGUUUGCAAGUCUGUUUUCAUAUUGUCCUUAAAUUAUUUGUCUUGUAAAGACUCUUUAGUGAGACACCAGUGUUUUUUCAUAAAAGAGGAAACUAUUAAAUGUUACUAUGUAUGUCCGACGUCUCAUUAGCCGUGAAGAAUGAUUGUUAUAUUUUUAACUGCUUCAUUUUAUAAAUAAAAAUGGAAAAGAA